CCAGCCACAACUGUCACGCUGGCUGCCGGGCACUCCAUGGGGCACCCCGUUGGACAAGGAUCGAAAUGGGCACCUCCCCCCCACGCCAUCCCCCGACUCCGACUCACCUCGUCCCGCCUCGAGAUCACCAGCUAAUAUAGAGUGGCCAGAGCCUGUUGAUCAGCAUCGUCUGCUACCGUGGUCUCUGCAUCGAUAAUCUCGUCGGCAACAACCAUCCCCUCGCCAUCACCCAAGACGAUGUCAUCCCGUAUCCUGGGCCACAUACGAACCCAGCCAAGCAAACCGCACAUCACGCAUGAAUGGUGGUAUCACGUUUCAUCACAGGAUUCGACGAUCUGCUAACCAUCGUGGCAGGAGCCAUACCCAGCGCCUUGGGCGCCCAGCCCGGCAUUUGCCGUCGCUUCCCGUCGUCGCCGUCUUGCGACCCAGGGUGAGCACGGAGAGCAAGGCACACUCGACACCAAAGCAGCUUCCGACCCGAGGGACAGAUGCUGCGGUGCGUGGGAGGAGCUGGACAGCGGCUUCGUGCGUUGAGCGCUACUUGGGGCGCGCAAGCCCCCGGGCGGUGGGCGAGCAGCGAGAGUGCGGCUGAUGCCGGGGAUGGACAGAGCAAGGCGGGCGAGGAGGCGGGUGAGGCCGGCAUGACGCCGUUUGGCGUCCGCAAGGUCGACGACGGGCUGUAUGAGAUGGACGAAGAGGCUUUCCAUGAGUUGCUGCACUCGCCGACGGGUGAGUUCUCGCUUGUCGCCUCCUCAAUUGGCGGCGGGGCCCCGGGCAAGGGAGGCGACGACGACGCGACAGCGAGCGACGUCGCUGCCUUUGUGGCCCGCGUCCACGAGGAGUACGCCAAGCACGCCGCAGAGCACGGCAGCAAUGCCACGGCCGCGGCUGAGAGCCGCGCUGUCGAGAUUACCUCUCGCGAGACGCUGGGUCCCGGGCCGGACGGGCUGUUCGGCGGCUCGGCCCGCGGCGACGCAAAGGUCGUCCUUAAGGCUCGCCCGGCCGCAGACUGGGGCCUCGACAAGACGCAGGUUUAUGAGCUGGGCGUCAUCGCCGGCCCGCGCUACGCGGCAACCAAGGACAUCCUCACUCUCACCGUCGACGAGCACCUUUCGGUUGCCGCCAACCGCGCCGUCGCCCUCGAGCAGCUCGACGCCAUCUACGGCGCCGUCAAGCUCGACGACAGCGAGAGCAUCGCCGCCGCUAUCACUGCAGCCGCAAGCGACUUUGAGCUUGCGGACAGCCCCGACUUUGGCGUCAAGGACGUCUCCAAUGUGGAGGACCGGGCCGAGUGGGUCGCCAAGUAA